CCCAACACAUUCUAAAAUCGGAUUGUCAUACCCCGCACUGAAUUAUGUAUAAGCGCAUGCUAUAGCGAAGCCUUUUCGACAGCUAACCCUAGAGCUUAUUCCUUUGUCUACCGAAUAACCCCAUCUUCGCCAUGCCUUCCGCAAUCGAAUUCGUGACCAAUGCGGCGCUUAAUGGCCCUACCUAUAACGGAAUACCCACCUCCUGUCGAUCUUGCCCAACGCCGCUAACAUACUCUGGAUCUCUGGAUCACCUCUCAUUCUUCGAGAUUACACCUAUCAUCGGGCGAGAGUACCCAACUGUAAAGGUCAGCGACAUUUUGAAGUCCGAAAACGCAGAGCAACAGAUCCGAGACCUUGCAAUCGUCAUCUCCGAACGCGGGGUAGUGUUUUUUAGAGACCAAGACGACCUGAAUAUUUCAGACCAGAAGAACUUUUGCGACCUGCUCGGAAAGUAUAGUGGACGACCAGAUGAGAAUGGUCUUCAUGUACAUCCAAUCUACCGAGAUCCUGGAAACCUGAGUCUACCAGACGGUUCCACGGACAAGAACAUCUAUGUAAUUAAUUCCGAGGCCCAAAAGAAGAUAUACAAAACCAUGGCAAAGCGUCCAGGAACCACCGAUGAGCCACGCGAUUUGAGCCGGGAGUGGCACAGCGACUCUACUUUUGAGAACGUACCAUCAGACUUCAGUUUCCUCAAGAUGGAAGAAACCCCGCCCCAUGGUGGUGAUACCCUAUGGUGUUCUGGUUACGAGGUCUAUGACCGCGUCUCGCCAUCGUUCCGCUCGUACCUCGAAACUCUUACAGCAACCUGCGCGCAACCAGUGUUCAAAUCUGCCGCCACCGCUAGUGGCUACGAGAUUAUGUCCCCACGUGGCUCUCCACUCAACGUCGGAGAUGAGUUUGCACCCAAGCAUCCUGUUGUGAGGACAAAUAGGAUUACCGGUUGGAAGGCCAUCUUUGCCGGGGUUGGAUUACAUGUCACAAAGAUCAACGACGUUUAUGCUUACGAAGAUCAGAUGAUUAGAGAAUAUAUCAUGCGAUUGAUCACUAGGAACCAUGAUUGCAUCGCGAGGAUGAAGUGGACGAAGAAUGCCGCUGCGAUUUGGAACAACUCCUGCGUCUGGCACGCUGCUACCCCUGAUCUUGUUGGGGGCAAUCGAACCGGAGUUCGUGCGUCGAGCAUCGGGGAAGUGCCGUACUUGGAUCCCAAUUCGAAGUCGAGGAGAGAAGCUCUAAACAUUCCUAUUGUGUAGAAACACCUCAAGUAGUAUUCAGUUGUGUUGUAACCGUUCUUUAUCAUUACGUUGAGUUGUUAUUGAGUGAAUAUAGUUACUCGCCGCCAGAGGAAACAAAGAUAUUCGAUAAAAGCAUAUCUUGUUAUACAUUAAGCUUACAACAUGG